GGCUCUGCACCAUCAUCCACUACUUUGCCCGUGGGCAGCUGGGCUGGUUGGGGCUGACUGUCGCCUGUGUGGUACCCGGCUACGUGGCUCAGCUCCUCAGCAUCCUCUGGUUCAGGGCAGAUGGCCAUCCACCCGGCUGCUGGCUCCUGGUGCUCCAUCUCCUGCAGCUGGGCCUCUGGAAGCGGUACUGGGAUGUUUUGCGGAGAGUGGCCAAGGCGGGCGGCAGUGCUCACCCCAGGGAGGCGGUGAUGCAGCAUGGGGACUUAUGUGCGCUGCAGCUCCUGGAAGCCCUGCUGCAGACCCUGCCUCACCUGCUGCUCCAGGCCUACGUUGUCGUGGCAGUCGACCCAAUGGGCUUUGUUCCUGGUGUCAGCGCUGGGCUGUCCCUGCUCUCCCUCUCUUGGGCUUUGGUCUCCUACAGCCGCUUCACCUGCCUGCUGAGACCCGGACACCUCUGCCUGCCGGCCACGGCCAUCCUCUGCCUGCUGCUGUGGAGGAUGGGGAUGCUGGGGACCAGGGUCCUGGCCCUGGUGCUCUUCACCAGGCUGUAUUCCUUUUGGGUUUUUGCUGUGGCAGGUGUCCACUGGCUGCUCAUGUCCUUCUGGCUGGUGGCCCAGCAGACAGAUAUCGUGGCCCAGCCCUGUCGCUGGAGGCUGUUCAAUUGCCUGGUGGGAGCCGUGUACAUCUUCUGCUACGUUAACGUCCGGCCCGGUCCUUCCAAACACAGGGUAGCCGUAUUUUACACAAUAAUGCUGAUGGAAAACACCCUCCUGCUGCUGCUGGCCACACAAUUCCUGCAGACAGAGCUGAGGAGCAGCCUGACGGUGACUGGGGCCGUCAUGUCAGGGUCUGUAAUAGGUGCCACAGCUCUGGUGGUUUAUUACAGUCUGCUCCAUCCCAAGUCCGCAGAGAUCUGGCACGGCUUCCUGGAGACAACCUGCCGUGCUGCAGCUGCCGGUGGUGACAAGGUUGCCGGACACGGCUCCCAGGCAGGGCAGAGUUUGGAAAUUUCAGGAGAUGGAGAGUCCUUGGCAGUGGAAGGGACCACAACAGAUCCCAAAAAUGGGAACAGCUCACUGCUCCUGCAAUUCAGAGAGUGUUUGGAAAACAGCUGGACAAACCAUCACCACUGGCUGCUGGUAAAGCUGGCCUUGAAGACAGGAGAUAUGUCCACAAUCAACGCGGCUUUUGGAGAUGGUCACAUGGGAGAGGUUUACCCUGGAGAAUGGAUGAUGCGGAAACCUGCGAGUGCUGAGCCUGGGGCAGACCUUUCCCUCCCCACGAGGCAAAUCGGUCCCUGGGGUGUUGAGUGUGAUCUGACCAAUGAGAAAUUGCUGGCGGCAGAAAAUGGAGGAGACGGCAAACCUGACGGCGCUCUGAGAACGGGAUGGGAUGACAGAGCACAGCAGGAGCCUGUUUUUCACCCAGUUGGAUCCUUUCCCAGCAGCUUCGCCCUGAAUCCAGCCGAUGGCUCCUCUGUGUAUUUCAGUGCCAGCACGGGAGGCAUCACCUCUCCCGGCGUGGGGACAGCCGCAGCUGCCUGCGUGGCCCUGGUGCAAAGGGAUGGCGAUAUCCAGCCUCCUCCAGACUGCCUGGGAGUAGGAGAAGGAUGGGAUUUAUCCCUUGGGAUGGCAGGCAUCAGCCCGAUCCUGGGCACUUGUGCCCACAAGCAUCUGCAGAGCAGCUCUCCCCUUGGCACAGGCGGCUGUGGGGUGGGGGGUCCCCACAAAGGUGGCUCAGAGCCCGUGGAGCUGGAGGGUGCCUUCGUGGGGUGGCAUCAACUUCAGGACACCCACCCUUGUGACACACAAGGGACAGUUGUGAGGAGCAACCUGAGGCUACCGUGCUUCACCUCCACCCCCAAGGCCGACUCUGAACACCCACAGCGAGGACUGGGGGGGCCGGGAGAGGGGACAGUGCCAUCUGGGUUGCUGGAGUGA